AUGGAAUGUGACACAAACGCAGAAAAAGAGAACGAAUAUGUUACAAUAUCUGAGCUGGACAAUAUUAUUACCAAAGAGAUAACCUCAUUGAAGAGUCUGGUGAUGGAAAACACGAAAGUGAUGAUUAUGGAAGAAAUGAAAGUAUUGAAAGAGGACGUCUUCAGGGAAAUUAGCAAUGAGUUUUUUAUCCAGGACAAAAUAAAAGAAGAAAUCAAGAUGACCGUUUCACUGAAAGUCAAAUCGUUUGAAUAUGAAAUGACACAGAAAAUGGUUCUCUUCACAGAUCAUUUACUAGGGCACCGUUGGGACCAAUUAUGGAAAACUCCUAAAGAUGAAUCUCUGGGCUCUACAUUUCUGAAAGAAAUUCUAGACAGGCAUAUUUCUCAGUGUAAGGUCGUUUUAAUUCGUCCUUCAAACACUGCAAGAGCUCAUUCAACUCAAAGUCAUGUUUUAUCUGUAAAUGAGACAUAUACUAGACUUAUCCCUAGAGAAAUUGAAUCAAUUCCGAAGUCAAGCACAUCAUCUUUCAUUGAUGAAGAAAACGCUGUAUCCCCUAACUCAAUGGAUAUAAUUUCAGAGCCCUUGGAGAUGCCAACUAAUCAAAUGCAACCUAGUUAUGAUAUUGUCGACAGUAAUUUCAAGGUCUCCAAUCAGGUCGAACUGACUACAGAGAAGAAAAACUCUGCACAUAUUUCACGGCCAUUUAAGACCUUGAGAAGCUAUCCAAGAAGACACUUAGCUAAAAAAGAGACUGAUGUCCUUAAUUUAAUUGAUGAUUCUAACUUCAUGGUGAAAUAUAUUAAUGAUGAGAUAGGAAAUGGUGUAUUUGCAAGGAAGAAGUUCUCUAAAGGUGAACCUUUGCUGGAAUACAAAGGCAAAUUGAGGGAAGGUCCAUUCCUUGAAGACGAGGAUGAUACCUAUUUCUUUGAAUUUAAUUUCAAUGGCAAAUUGAAGAUAAUAGACGCAUCUGUAGACGAUGGAAGCCUUGGCAGAUUAAUUAAUGACGAGCAUUGCCAUCCUAAUAUUUUUCCAAAACUCGUUGAAAAAGGCGAAAAACAACACAUCAUAUUCAAAGCAAAGAAGGAUAUAGAGGUAGAGGACGAAAUUCGAUUUAAUUAUGGUGGAGAAUCGUUUCAACCUGGACACCCUCAUGGUUUCGGAAUGGAAGCUCCUGAACAGAUUGACUGA